ACGCAGCCUAGCAGCAGCGGACACGGCGUAAACAAAGCAGACCGUUACAUACGGGCUAAUAGGCUUGUAGGUCACGAAUCCACAUUCUAACGCAUUUUAAAUCUUUUUCUCUUACUUUUUGUUAACUAGAAACAAAUGUGUGGAUUUUUCGAUCGCGGAUUAAUCAAAACAAAAGGAGCGAGCGCGGUUGGAUCAUGGAUCGGAGGAUAGACUAGCCCGAGAUUGCUAACAGAUUUGGGAGAAAUUAUUGUUUUACGACAGUGUCAUUGCAAAUUACUUACCGAUCGCCAAACGUUACACAUGGGGAAAACGUAAACCGGUGCGAUCGUGGUAAAAUUUCACGCUUUAACCCCUGAAAUGGUUACAAAAGUCAAAUCGCUAUGUAGCUAGACCUCUCCAGCUGGACGCUUUGUUGUUGUCACCACGAACGGAGCUGGAGGAGAGGCGAGAGGAGAGAGACGCCUGGAUGACCACUUGAUCGCAGUCAAGUCCAGAUACUUGGACUGCAAUGUUUAGUCUGAUGGCGAACUGCUGCAACUGGCUGAAACGAUGGAGAGAACCGGCGAGGAAAGUAACAUUGGUCAUGGUGGGACUGGACAAUGCAGGAAAAACUGCCACUGUCCGAGGAAUUCAAGGAGAAAACCCACAAGAUGUAGCGCCCACUGUGGGAUUCUCCAAAGUGGAUCUGAAGCAGGGAAAAUUCGAGGUCACUAUUUUUGACCUGGGCGGUGGGAAGAGGAUCAGGGGAAUUUGGAAAAAUUAUUACUCGGAAUCCCAUGGCGUGGUGUUUGUGGUGGACUCCACAGACGUGCAGAGGAUCCAAGAAACAAGAGAGACCAUGGCAGAGGUCCUGCAACACCCGCGGAUAUCAGGGAAACCAGUGCUAGUCCUUGCCAACAAACAGGACAAAGAGGGGGCACUCGCUGAAGCAGACAUCAUUGAAAACCUGUCACUAGAGAAACUUGUCAAUGAGAACAAGUGUCUCUGUCAGAUCGAACCAUGCUCCGCUGUUUUGGGCUAUGGUAAGAAAGUCGACAAGUCCAUCAAGAAGGGACUCAACUGGCUCCUUAACAACAUCGCCAAAGACUAUGAGGCCAUCACUGAGCGCGUGCAGAAAGACACGACCGAACAGCUCGCCCAGGAGGAGCAGGACAAGAAGGAGAGGGCGGAGAGAGUGCGGCGGAUAAGAGAGGAGAGAGAGAGACAAGAGCGAGAAGAAGCAGAGAGGGAAGGGCGGCCAAUUCAAGAGGACGAUCUCGAAGAAGACAACAUACCCAAUCCGUUCCAGCCAAUCGGAAAUGUCAUCACAGAGAAUGACGAAAAGGAAAAAGAGAGAAAAAGGCAAAUAGAGCUACAAGAGAAGCUUAAAGAUAGCGGUCAUGAGGAAGAGGAGGAAGACAACGGUGAAGAGUCAAAUGACACAAGGCAACACUCUGAAAAUGGCAGUUCAUCGACGGUGGGCGAGCAGAGCAAGAAGAAGACGAGGAAGUUACAUCUGAAGAGGAAGCACAGAGUGGACCCGCUGAAGACGGACGAAGGGCCCGCGGAAAGCCCCACGCCACCGCCUCCUCCAGUGGGAUGGGCCACACCCAAAGCUUCUAGACUGCCAAAACUAGAGCCACUGGGAGACUCAAAGCAUUCUGAUUUCUUCAAGAAGCCACUGCCACCUGUUGCCAACCGGCCCGGCCCGCGGCCCAAUGGCGAUUCUCAUGAUGUUGUUUUUUAAAGCAAGCGGAGUGUAACCAAGAAAGAAACGGAAGCCUGUGGACGAGGAGGGACAAGUUAAACAAGACUGUAAAAGUUACAAAGACAUUCAUUUGAAAUCGAACUUGCAUUAUGUCUAUGCCUGACACACGAAUGCCAUGUUUGUAAAGUACAACAUUGACUGAAAUAUUAUAUAUCAGUGUUUAGAUGGUGUCGGUACCACUUGGCCAUUUCUUUUUAAGCAUAUCUUUUAUUGUACCGCCGCAUAUCCAUUACUGGUUGUUUACACACUACUGAAAAUAAAAAUUGUUACCCAUUUUGCACAAAAACUGUAAUUUAGCAAAAAACAGCAACAGGGCCACAUGUGGAUAGAGCCGUAGUCCUCGUCUCAAGAGGUUUUUUUUGGUUUUUUUUUUCCGCAGCCAAGCGCUUCGAAUGUAAUAAUUUUUAGACGCCUUUUUACGCUAAUAGUACAAAAUGAGGAUGAGUCACAGUUGAGUCACUUGCAAGCGGCGGUUAAGGAAAUUGUUCUCGGAGGCAAGAUUGGCGUAAGAUUGGUGUAAUUUGCUUCACUGUGCUGUACAUAAAAAAGGGGUACACUACGUAAUCUUGUAUUUUUUGUUAAGCUUUUUAUUUUUUUAUUACAUAGCCGAUGAAAAACAAAGAUUGGGGACGUUUUUCUCCUUGGUACACUACUACACAUUACUGUAUAAGUCCGACCAGCAUCUUGUAAAAUAUAAACUUGUCCAUAGGGCUAUUUUUACAUUGCUGUAUACACUGUUUUGUUUUUAAAGUGAUAUUUCUCUUGAGGCUCGAAUUCCCAUAGCAGUCUUGCAACCUCUUGUGGGAUUCUUGCAUUCCCUGUUUUUGGACUAGUCAGCCCCACACCAUUAGAGUAGCAGAAAAUAGCCGGAUAUCCAAAAAACAUACAAUCUUGGAACAGCUUCGUGUCCCAGUUUCCCGGUUUCAGGAGGACGGAGUGUGCGGAAACAAGGAGAGCGGCAGAAGUACUUUUCUAAUUUGGACCAAACUUCAGGAAACUUGACUGGAAUUGUCACAAAGCCGAAGGGAGCAAGGUCUCAUUGAAGUAUCACUUUAAAAUGGGAGAGAUCACAUUUGGAAACUAACUUUCAUUGUUACGAAUGUAGAUGUUUGAAAUAUUUUUAUAUGCUUGACUUUUAUAAUGGCAAAAUAAAAAAGACUGAAUAAUUA